AUGUAUAAACUGAAAUGUAAACCCACUCCCCCUCCGCACAAUCUGCCCCCCCAUAUUCCUAGUUCACCUUUCCCCCCCCCCCCGAAACACAAACACACACACACGUUGCCUCAUCAGGCUAUGCUCCAAUCCGCCUUCCGAGUCACGCUUCCCACCACGGGUGCCCAUGUACGGCUGCGAGUUGGCCUUCACAGCGGCCCGGUCGUCAGCGGCCUUGUGGGCACCCGCAUGCCGCGGUUUUGUCUGUUUGGCGACACCAUCAACACCGCCAGUCGCAUGGAGAGCACCGGCGUGGCGGGCUGCAUACACGCCAGCGACAGCGCAUUUGAGCUGCUGCGCGGCCUCGUGGAGGCGGAGGGCGGGUGGGCGGCCACGGGCGGCAUCGAGGCGAGCUUUGGGCGGUGGAACUGGCGGAGGUUUUAA